AUGCCAGCAACUCCGCCCAUACAUAACCGGCGAAGAAAGCGUUAUAUUCUGGUGUACGGGGUGUACAUACACCCGAAGUUGAGGAGCCGCAGCCAUCAGCAGCAGAAGGACCAGCAGCAGCAGCAGCAGCAGAACCAGCAGCAGCAGCAGCAGCAGAAGCAGCAGAACCAUCAGCAGAAGCAGCAGCAGCAGCAGCAGCAGCAGCAGCAGAACCAGCAGCAGCAGCAGCAGCAAGAAAUAAAAGUUAUAAACUUCAUUUCUAUACACCCGAGAAGGGGAAAGCAGCAGCAAAUACUGCAACAGUUGAGGAGCCGCAGCCAUCAGCAGCAGAAGAACCAGCAGCAGCAGCAGCAGCAGCAGCAGAACCAGCAGCAGCAGCAGAACCAGCAGCAGCAGCAGCAGAACCAGCAACAGCAGCAGCAGAAGCAGCAGAACCAUCAGCAGCAGCAGCAGCAGCAGCAGAACCAGCAGCAGCAGUAG